ACCAUCACCAUCACCACUACGAACACUUCACUCGCUCAAAUAAUCAUUACGACUUUUAAUCUUAAUACCUAAAACUUUAAACAACACUUCAAACGCCACCAUGAAGUUCACCAGCACCGCCAUUGCCGCCAUCUUCGCCGCCACUGCCAUGGCAGCUCCCACUCCCUCUCCUGAGGCUAAAACCUCUGUGGCUGAUGUCCCUGACUGGACUAUCGAGAGCAUCAAGCGCGGCUGCGACGCCGCCAACACCCAGUGCAUCUGGACCUUCAGCAUCAACACGCACCUAGCCGACCCCACUCCCUGCGAGUUCACCGUCAAGGGCGCCGGCAACGUCCCUGCCAGCGAGACCGACAGCAGCGGCAACAUCUGCGGCCCUUACACCGUCGGUACCGGCUGGAGCGGCCAAUUCGGCCCCGGCAACGGCUUCACUACCUUGAGCGUCGUCGACGAGGCCCAGAAGCUCAUUGCUUGGCCCGCGUACACCGACAAGCAGUUCGAGAACAAUGCCGUUGUCUCCCCUGACGUUAGCUGGCCCGUUACUUCUCUCCAGUUCUAAGCUGUUAACGACGGCGGAUGGGAGAGAGUGAAAAUUUGGGGAUGGAGAUGGAGGUGGAGGUGGAUAGUAGGAAGAGAAACGUCAUGUUUAUGCGAAAAUGUAAUUGUUCAAUGUUAAUAGCAUAGCGUCACUGGGUUUGCAUAUAGGUACAUCAUGAUACAUAUAGUCACUCCUUAUCCAGAUCAAGUUAACUAUAAGCCUAAU